CGACGCCGUCGUGCACAGCGAUCAACACCCUACACUCGUAGUCAUAUACGCCUAUCAAGGUGUGACGACCUCUCCCCAUGUCCUCGACAACAAAAUCGAAGAAGGCGCGCUCCAAGGCGCCCAAGUCGCACCCCAAGUCUACUGCCGCCGUCUCCCAACCCCCUGCAGACGAUGCGUUCCUGUCGAGCGCGAUGUCGGCCUUCUCACCGGGCGGCAACUUGUUUGCGCUGGUGACCCCCGUCGUGGAUAAGCACCGGCUGCGCGUAUACGACGCCCUCACAAGCAAGGCGACUGCCGAGUACCUCGUCCCCUCCGUGCGCGUCUCCUCCUUAGCCUGGGCGAAGCUCAGCACCUCGGACGACACCUCAGCAGCGCCGGCAGAUGCGCCCCCCACCAAGAAGAAGCGCAGAAAGAGCACCAACACCCCUGCCGAUGCCCUCACGAAUCCAGCGAUCGACGUCGUUGCGCUCGGUCUAGCAGAUGGCUCGGUCUCCCUCUUCUCCCCCUCACACGGUCGCAUCGUGCGCACACUAUCCAGCCCAACAUCUACCUCCCCUGUACUUGCCAUUUCUCCAACGGCUGACGGUAGCCUGUGGACGUCUGGCGAGGAUGGCGAGAUCCACAUAUGGAACCCCCACAAAAACCAGAUCGUCGGAAAUUGGAAGGGCGAUCGCGUUCCCCUCACUGCCCUAUGUGCCCGCCCAGGUACUUCCGACGUUGAAGUGCUCGCUGCAAGCCAUACUAUACGCGCCCUAUCGUCUACGCCCGAUGACGAGCCUCAAAAGCCUGCCCAAACCGCAAUAUUCACCGGUCACGCUACACCGAUCCAGAUCUUGCGUUGGGACGCAUCUCAGGAGCCACCGACGCGGUUUGUGUCCGUAGCUGAGCGCGAUCGCGUCGUUUCUAUGUGGGAGCUGCCCAGCAGUGGUACAGAGGGCAAGAUGGUAGCCUCAAUACCUCUCGACGCCGAUGCGCGCACUGCUUCUCUAUCCUCAUCA